AUGUCUCUCGCCAAUGGUCACUCGUCAGAAGCCGAUGCCGACGCCGACUUAUUGAAGCCCUCUCCCCAGCCGCAGCGAAGCGAGAGCGAUCUGUCCGAGACAAACGACAUUCCUACCACAACCUUAUCACCAGAUGCACCACAAGAUGGUGCACACUCGGACGAUGAUGCCAUUCACGACAUGGCAACCUCUGAGCUUGAUGAAGAUGAGGAUGCACCGGGCGAGGAGGACGCAGACUUCGACGAAGUAACGCCUCCGCCGGAGCAGGCUGACGCGGCUCACAAUGCAGCCUCGUCGUCUGAGUCCAGUUCAAGAUCAGGGAAGCGAAAGGCCGACGUUGAUGAUGAAGAGUAUAUGAAACAGAAUCCAGAGCUCUAUGGUCUGAGACGCAGCGGCCGCGCCAAACCUGCUCGGCGAGUGAUCGAUAGUUCCGAUGAAGAAGAAGACGACGAAGACGAAGUCAACACCGGCCGACGGCGGAAACGCCAAAAGAUUACUGGUGGUCGUCCUGCUUCCGCUCGUGAUGAUCGAGAGUCGUCUCGACCUGCCUCGGCCUCAGGUUCAGAGUCCGAAGAAGAUGACACCUACGGAGGCCAGCGCGGCCGCACCUUCGCCAAAAAGCAACGACAAAAGAUGCAGGCCAUUGCCUCUGGUAGUGGUACGCCUCAGUUGAGUGAGGUCCGCUUCUCGACUCGUCGCGCUGCAAAGGUCACCAACUACAAUGAAGAAGAGGACCUUGGCCUCAGUGACGAAGAGGACACGGAGAACAUGACUCCCAAUUACUGGACCUACACCGAAGAGAACACCGCUGCCAUCGACCAAGUGCUCAACCACAGGCUCAAGGAGGGUGCAGACCCUUCAGAUCCUGGCAAGCAAGACUACGAAUUCUACAUCAAAUGGCAAGGCCAAGCACACUAUCACGCAACAUGGCAUCCAUGGGCCGACCUCACAACCUACCGUGGAUUUCGGCGACUCGAGAACUACUUCCGCAAGGUCGUCAAGGCAGAGCUUGAGAUGAAGCAGGAUCCCGAUUUCCCGGCAGAAGAGAAAGAGCGAUGGAAUCUGGAUCGUGAAUCAUACCUAGACUCGCUCAAUGACUACACUCAAGUCGAGCGUGUCAUCGGUUCAAGAGAGAGCGAAGAGGGUACAGAAUACUUUGUCAAGUGGAAGGCCCUCUUCUACGACUCUUGCACUUGGGAGACUGCGGCACUUGUCAGCGAGGUGGCCCAGACUGAGAUCGAUCGCUACCUCGAUCGUUCUGCCAGGCUGCCGGUCUCGGACAAGAACGAAUCCAACCUCAACACCAGAGCACCCUACAAGCCGUUCCGACAUCAGCCUGACUACAUCAAAGGCGGCCAACUUCGAGAGUUCCAAAUACACGGCCUCAACUUCCUUGCACAUCACUGGUGCAAAGGCAACAACGUCAUUCUCGCAGAUGAGAUGGGUCUCGGCAAGACUGUACAGACCGUGUCCUUCAUGGACUGGCUCAAAAACGAUCGUCGUCAGCAAGGACCAUUCAUUGUUGUGGUGCCCCUGUCGACCAUGCCCGCUUGGGCGGACACCUUUAACCACUGGACUCCCGAUAUGAACUACGUUGUGUACAACGGCAACGAAGCAGCUCGCAAGAUCAUCCGUGAGUACGAGCUCCUUGUCGAUGGUAACACAAAGAAGGUCAAGUUCAACGUGCUCCUCACGACCUACGAGUACAUUCUAGCGGACUCGACCUUCCUAUCACAGCUCAAGUGGCAAUUCAUGGCUGUCGACGAGGCCCACCGUCUGAAGAACCGCGAGUCUCAGCUCUACGCCAAAUUGAUGGAUUUUGGCGCCCCAAGCAGACUGUUAAUCACUGGAACCCCCAUGCAGAACACCUUGAGCGAGCUGUCGGCCUUGAUGGACUUCCUCAUGCCUGGCAAGAUCCACGUCGAGGAGAACAUCGACUUGACCUCAGAGCAUGCCAGCAAGAAGCUCGAGGAGCUCACCAGCGCCAUCUCGCCGUACAUGAUCCGCCGUACCAAGCAGAAGGUCGAGAACGACUUGCCACCAAAGACUGAGAAGAUCAUCCGUGUCGAACUUUCCGACGUGCAGCUGGAGUACUACAAGAACAUUCUCACUCGCAAUUACGCCGCAUUGAAUGCUGGCCCCAGAGCCCAGAAAACAUCACUGCUCAACAUCAUGAUGGAGCUGAAGAAAGCCAGCAACCAUCCGUUCAUGUUUCCCAAUGCAGAAGACCGCAUCUUGGGUGACAACGCAAAGCGCGAGGAGCAGCUCAAGGCCCUCAUUACCUCCAGUGGCAAGAUGAUGCUCAUUGAUCAACUGCUCACCAAGAUGAAAAAGGAUGGCCACCGUGUUCUCAUCUUCAGCCAAAUGGUGAAGAUGCUGGAUAUCUUGGGCGAUUACUUGACCCUUCGUGGCUACCAAUUUCAAAGACUUGACGGCACAAUCGCGGCAGGCCCAAGACGUAUGGCCAUUGAUCACUUCAAUGCCCCCGACAGCCAGGACUUCUGUUUCCUCCUGUCCACUCGUGCGGGUGGUCUCGGCAUCAACCUGAUGACUGCGGACACCGUCAUCCUUUUCGACUCAGACUGGAACCCACAGGCUGAUCUCCAAGCCAUGGCACGAGCUCAUCGUAUCGGUCAGAAGAAUCCAGUCACCAUCUACCGACUGGUCUCCAAAGACACGGUCGAAGAGGAGGUGCUUGAACGAGCGCGCAACAAGCUCAUGCUGGAGUUCAUCACAAUCCAACGCGGCGUGACAGACAAAGAUGCCCGUGAGUUGGGCGACAGGAUGGCCAGGGUGGGCGCCAACUCCAUUGAGCCAACUUCUUCGGAUGACAUCUCUCGCAUUCUCAAGAAGCGUGGUCAAAGGAUGUUUGAGCAAUCAGGCAAUCAGCGCAAGCUUGAAGAAUUGGAUAUUGACGCUGUGCUCGAAAACGCAGAAGAACACAAGACCGAGCAGCCAGAAGGCAUGACCACCGACGGUGGCGAGGAGUUCCUGCGAAGUUUCGAGUACACCGACGUCAAGAUCGAUCUCGAGUGGGAUGAUAUCAUUCCAAAGCAUGAGCUCGACAAGAUCAAGGAGGAAGAGCUUAAGAAGCAGGAACAAGACUACCUUGACAGCAUGAUCGAGCAAAACGCGCCGCGGAAGCGAAAGGCUGCCAACGACGACAGUCGAGAACAGCGAGCUGCAAAGAAACGGGCCCGUGACAUGAUGCCCGCCGAAGAGAUCGACUCUGGUGACGACGAGUCGGAUCACGGCGCAGACCCGAGGCGGCCGUUGGGCGAGAAAGAGUGCCGGCACCUCAUCCGCGCCUACGAACGGUUUGGUGCGAUCGAAGAAAAGGAAGAGGAGAUCAUCAAGGAGGCUCGGCUCACUGGACGCGAUGCCGAAGUCGUCAGGACUACACUCCAGGACAUCAUCGACACCGCCAUUCGCCUGCAAAAGGAGCACGCCGACCACCUGGCCGAAAUAGAGCGUACCACCAACAAGGCAGUGACCAAAAAGGAGAAGAAGGCUGUCCUCUUCGACUUCCGCGGGGUCAAGCGAUUGAAUGCGCAGACGCUCACAGAGCGGCCAGAAGAGAUGCGCAUGGUCCGUAAUGUUGUCGACGGCAUGUCCGACUGGAGGAACUUCCGAAUUCCAGAGGCCUCCAAGCCUGCUUCAUACACCUGCGAUUGGGGUGCAAAGGAGGACGGCAUGCUUUGCGUUGGAAUCGCAAGACACGGCUAUGGCGCCUGGGUACCUAUUCGUGAUGAUCCCGAUCUUGGUUUGACAGACAAGUUCUACCUCGAAGAACAUCGGGUCGGUGCCAAAGAGGAACGAAACAAAGGUGGCGAAGACAGCAAAGUGGCCAAGUCCCCGGGCGCCGUCCAUUUGGUGCGUCGUGCCAACUACCUGAUCAGUGUGUUGAAGGACAAGACUAGCAACGGCACCAACGCCGCGGCCAAGAAGGCACUGGAGAACCAUCACCGCAACAAUCGCAAGCACCUCGGGCAAUUCCACGGACGCAUGGCAACACCAAAUCACGGCAGUCCAGGACCUAACAGCCACCGGAAACUGCACAGUGGUGAUGGUCGACACAUGCACCAGUCCGACAUUCGCAACAGCAUGGACCGUCGGAUGGGCCAUGGGUCUCCAAACGGACAUCGGAGACUGGGUGAGGGCUCGGGCAAGCACCGUCCUUCUGAAGAACGCAGACCACAGCACCAGCGUCACGGCAGCUCGCCGAUGAACGUCAACGGCGCUACGUCGAAGCCGCUGUCAGAGGCUCAACAGCGGGCCCAGAAGAUCUUGGAUCCCAUCAGUGCUACGUUGAUCAAGGUUUCAGGCGCUACGAAGAAGCGGAUACCGGAUGACGACGCUCGGUUGAAGUUGAUCAAGCAAGGUCUCGUGGCUAUUGGCAACCAUAUCAACACGCAGGUCCGCCAACGCGCUCAAGACUCUCUGGAAGAUCAACUCUGGGAGUAUGUCUCUGAACAUCACUGGCCACAGUCGAAGUCGAAUGACAAGCGCGUGUCUGGCAAUAAGCUUCGAGACAUGUACAAGAAGAUAUCCGGCAAGGACAGCGGCGCAGGCCCCAAACCAACAGCCAUCAAGACCGAGCCGGCGAAGACUGCGCCAGACACGACCGAAUUGAAGAAGGAGAAUGCCACACCGGAGGCAGCCAAGGAAUCCUCUGAGCUCAAGGAAGAGCCCAAAGUAGAACCAUUGUCCGACUCCAAGCAAGAGAGUGAGGACGUCACUGUCAAGGAUGGGCAGUAG